GCUGUUGUGAAUUGUGGCUGGGUCACACAGGAGGGAUGGAGUCUCCAGCGUGCUUUGUUUCCUCCUGCAGAGAAGCAUCGGGCUCCUCUGCUAUUCCCUGAGCUGCAGGGCUGCAUCAGCAGUUCCCUUGCACACCUGCUGGCCGGAUUCUUUCCCAAGAGCUAUGCCAUGGCAGUCAUGAACCACCAUGUGUGUCCUGUUGAGAACUGGUGAGUUGUGCUGGAAAGAGGGAGAGCAGUGGGGAAAAGGAGGGCACGGGCUCCCCCUUUCCUGGAACAUCUCAGAAUGCCGCUUAAUCUAUCCAAAUGGCUGCAGGUCAUACAACGAGUCUUGUUCUGCUGAUUCUACCAAGCACGGUUACCCCAAAAGUUGCUGCACUUUGGAAGAUGUCCCUUUGAUCAGUAAAUGUGGCACUUACCCUCCUGAAAGUUGUCUCUUCAGCCUUAUUGGGAACAUUGGAGCUUUCUUGGUGGCCAUCAUCUGCUUCCUGCGCUACGGGCAACUCCUGGAGCAAAGACAGGCCUCUGGGGUGAACACAGCAGCCCUCGUCACCGGUUGCACCAAUGCGGCUGGCCUGGUGGUGGUUGGAAAUUUCCAGGUGGAUUAUGCCAAAUCUCUUCACUACAUUGGAGCUGGCGUUGCCUUCCCAGCCGGCCUGCUUUUCGUCUGCCUCCAGUGCUUCCUCUCCUAUCACACGGCCGUUUCUGCCCUGGACUUCUGGAUGGCCCAUCUACGUGUUUUCCUCUCCACCAUGGCCUUCAUCUCUCUUGUCCUCAGUGGCAUCUUCUUCAUCUACCAGAGCUUCCUCCUGCAGCACCUGGCUGCCAUCUGCGAGUGGGUCUUUGUUAUUGACAUUCUCGUUUUCUACGGAACCUUCAGCUACGAGUUUGGUGCCAUCUCCAACGAGACCCUGGUGGCCGUCCUGCAGCACUCUGGCGGCCGAGGCUGCAAGUCGCCCGGCAGCAGCAGCACCUCCACCCACCUGAACUGCCACCCGGAGAGCAUUCCCAUGAUCUGAGAGUGGUAGGAGAAAGGGCAGGCGCACCCCACCUCCUCCGCUGCUCUGGCAGGCAGCCUUAAGUCUUCAGGCCAUUUUUAUACCAGGAUUGUUUUUUUAAAGAGCCUGUUGCUGCCCAGCCUUUCUGCGAAAUGUUCAUUUUCCAAGUCUCCAGAGAAGUUCCCAGGGCCUCUUUGCCCAGCCUCUGUGCAAGGACACCUUGAAGCCUUUCUCUGCUGAAUCUCUCGCCGCCCUUCAGGGAGUGCCUCCAAGCCAAGUGUGCUCUUGUGUGUGUUGGGGUACCCGAGAACAUGGGUUCCUCUGGCAAAAGUUGUGCCUCACUGCCACCUCGUCUUUUUCCCAGGCAAGUGUUACUUAAGCUGUAGAAGCAAAUUAUGUGGGGAUGCCCUCUGUGCUGGUGGGGAUACUUACCCCUCCUCUUGUGAAGAAAAGUAUGCGAAAGAGAGUACCUCCAUCCUUUUCACAUACACACACACACCAUCAUACAGAGUUCAUUUCUUCAGCCCCGGAUAAAGUGGUUUGAUAUUUUGUAGAACUUUUUUGUAUAUUUACAUAUAUAAAAGAGCCAUCAGAGGAAGACUGCUGUGUGGUGUAUAAGGGUGUUUCUGUGGUUUGGGGGGGGGGGGGGAAGGACUUCCCUUGCUACAAACCCCCAGAGCAGCAGAAAGUCACGUGACGUUUGCCUCCAGGACUCUUCUUGUAGACUUUGCCCACUUCAAAAGUUGGCUCAAUAUCUGGGCAGGGCACACAUACUUUUGCCCAGAAAAACAUCCUGUCUUGGUGCCCUAAAUUAAUGGUGAAAUUCCUCCUGCUGCCCGUAUUGGAUUCUGAGUUGGGCAGCAGAAUCAUUCCUUGUUCUGCAAAGUUAGAAGGGUUGUAAGAGAGAGAAAAGUGCUGCUGAUAUAAGAUGGUCCAUAAGGUUGGUAAAAGUGCUACAACCUGCUCCUCUCUGGACCACGAUGGUCUUGGGCAUCUCCGGAUCAGCUGACCAGGCCAAGAGAAACUCCUCUGGAGGGACCCUGAAGAACCCCACCCAUUGCCCUCAAUUAAGCCAGAUGUCAGGUUAAUUAAGAGGUAGCCAAAUCAACAUCUCUGCAAUGCAGUUUAAUUUAACAGGCAGGUCUUGGGGAAAGGAGGCUUCCCGAUCCUGGGAAUUGCUAAGGUGUAUACUCUAUACUAGAGUACUCUAUACUCUAUUUUGUAGAGUAUGAUGUAUUUUAACAUUUUGUUUUUAUGUUUAUUAUAUUUUCUAGAUAGAUGGC